AUACUACUUCCAUGGGCAAGCCUCCGCGCGACAAUCCCAAGCGCCGGCGCGGCGGCGCUGCCGCCGCCGGCGCUGGCGACGCCUUUGCUGGAGCACAACCGCGUGGCAAGCGCGCCACCGAGAGCUUGCGCCAGGCCGGCCAGGCGCGGUUCGAAGGGCUGCUGCAGUCCAAGGUCGACCUGCACGCCGGAAUCGUCCGCGGUGUCGAGUCGCGGCCGUUUGGCGUGAUGGGGCCUCGCAUGCGCUACCUCCGGCGAGACAGCGUCGCCUACGCAGCGGCGAGGGUGCUCUGGCUCCUGCUCAGCGCCGGCCUGCUCGCCUCGCUGGGCCUCUUCACGCUGCCGACCAGCGCGUGCCACCUUGGCUGGCUGCUCAUGUUCGGCCUCGACCUGGUGUCCAGUAUCCUCCGCCUCACCGGCCUCUCCGAGCGUCUCGAGCCGCCUCUCCUCUUCUGGCUCCUACCCCCCCUGCACGGGUACAUGUGGUGCCUGGUCGCUCUCAUCGCCGGCGCUCCGAGCGCCGUCACGCCGUCGGCACUGCACGAGCGGUAUGGCUCGCUCGGCUUCGACCCCUCGCUCGGCCUGCUGCGGCUCGGCUCCGCCGCUGCGCUGCUCGUGCCACCGUGCGCGCUGCUCCUGUGCGGCUUCGCGGAGCGGCUGUACUUGGUGGCCGCCUUUGACGACAUGCGCUGCCAGCUGCUGUGGUGGCACCGCAGGCUCUACGUCGUGUGGGCUCUCCUCUCGCCGCUCGUCCCCCUCGCGCUGUGGACUUUUGCCCUCGCGCCGGGCGUGGCCACAGACUUGCCGAGCUGGACGAACCGCGCCACCGCCAUCGCCGUCGCCGCCGCCGUCGCGGCGAACGCGCCCGUGUACCGGUUCGCGCGCCACAAGGCGCACGAGUGGCACGCGGGCUUUGGGGCGGUGCGGUGGCUGGAGAGCGGGCGAGGGUGGGUCCUGUGGUCGGUCGACCCGCGGGCGCACCAACCGGACCGGGACGAUUGAGAACCAGAGAGACGCUCGUGCUGGCUGGGUCCUGGGAGGUGGGAGCUUGGGGACACACGCUCCCGGGGAGUGCCCGCACGCGGAGGCCAACGCCCCCGCUAGCACAUAUUCUUCUCUUGGUCAAAACAAGAAAGC